CCGCUGUCUUUUUUUUUUUAGUUCUUCUCUUGAGUCUCAAUUUCUUUUUGUCUCUUCUGAAUUCUGCAGCGGAAAUUCGAUUUGGGUCCUCGGUGAAAUUAGGAUUCUGAAUCAUCCAAGAAUUAAGGAUGUCUGAUUUUGCUUGAUUUGACAUUUCUCCCUGCUUUGCUUGAGAUUGACUCUCGCUAAAUCCAGAAAGCAAGGAUCAGGCAGAUCAAAAUCAAUCCUUAGCAAUUUUUUUUUUGAAGAUGGUUGGGUUUGGGAAGAAGCUCAAGGAAAGGUGUAUUGAAGAAUGGCAAGGAUAUUACAUAAAUUACAAAUUGAUGAAGAAGAAAGUGAAGCAAUAUACUCACCAAAUCGAUGUAGGAUCAUUAGAUCGUCGCCAUGUUCUUAAAGAUUUCUCCAGGAUGCUGGAUAAUCAGAUCGAGAAAAUCGUGCUUUUCAUAAUGGAACAGCAAGGACUGCUGGCGAGUAGGUUAGAGAAACUAAGGGAAUGGCAUGAAUCUCUCCGAGAUCAGCCCGACAUAUCUCAGAUGACUGACCUUCGGGAGGCGUAUAGAGCCGCCGGGCAAGAUCUCCUCAAGCUCCUGUUCUUCGUUGAGAUGAACGCUAUCGGUAUCCGUAAGAUACUCAAGAAAUUCGAUAAGAGGUUCGGUUAUAGAUUCACGGAUUACUACGUGAAGACUCGUGCUGAUCAUCCUUACUCUCAGUUGCAGCAAGUGUUCAAACAUGUGGGUCUCGAGGCAGUUGUCGGGGCCAUAUCCCGCAAUCUUCACGAACUUCAAAACAAUCAAGGCAGUUACUUGUCGAUUUACGAUCAGCCCGUUCUUCCUCUUCAGGACCCGGUGGUGGACUCGAUUAAAGCGGCUGUAGACAGGCUAACACGAUCGACGAACUUCCUUAAGUUCAUGGGUCAACACGCUCUUAUCAUGCAAGAAGAAGAGCUACCGACUUCCCGAGACGAGGCGACGGAUGAUGAGGAUGGGAGAUACCAUUUCAUGUCUCUCCUACUGAACUUGGCCAACACUUUCCUCUAUAUGGUUAAUACAUAUAUCGUCGUCCCUACAGCCGAUGACUAUUCCAUGAGCCUCGGAGCUGCAGCGACGGUUUGCGGUAUCGUGAUUGGCGCUAUGGCAGUCGCUCAACUUUUCUCUUCGGUUUACUUCAGCGCCUGGUCCAAUAAAUCCUACUUCAAACCGCUCAUUUUCAGCAGUAUCGUCCUCUUUGUCGGGAACUUGUUAUAUGCUUUGGCUUACGACUUCAAUUCAAUUUCCGUUCUCUUGAUUGGCCGUCUUUUUUGCGGGUUCGGAUCAGCGAGAGCAGUUAACAGGAGAUAUAUUAGCGACUGUGUGCCAUUGAAAAUCCGUAUGCAGGCUUCUGCGGGUUUUGUCAGCGCAAGUGCUCUCGGGAUGGCGUGUGGUCCGGCUCUUGCUGGUUUGCUUCAAACCAAAUUCAAGAUUUACAAGCUUACCUUCAACCAGGAUACUUUGCCCGGUUGGGUCAUGGCAGUGGCUUGGCUUAUUUACUUGGUCUGGUUGGUCGUUUCGUUUCGAGAACCAGCCCGUGACGUCGAGGAGAAUCAUACUACCGAGGAGACUAAUUCCGAAGCUGUUCAAAAUGGAAAUCUGGAGAAAGGUCUUAAACAGCCGCUUCUGAUUACUGCCGAGGAAACCGAAAAGGAUGAAGACGAGCUCGAUGAAAGCGAAGAAUCUCUACUACAUUCCCGAAAACCUGCCAACUCCAUUGCAUCCGCUUAUCGAUUACUCACUCCUUCGGUUAAGGUUCAGCUAUUGAUUUACUUCAUGCUUAAGUACGCCAUGGAGAUUCUUCUCGCAGAAUCGAGUGUCGUCACCUCGUACUACUUCGGAUGGUCGACGAGCUCCGUUGCAACCUUCCUGGCUUGUCUCGGCCUCACUGUUCUACCCGUUAACAUAAUCGUCGGAAGCUACAUUAGCAACAUGUUCGAAGACCGACAAAUUCUGUUGGUAUCCGAGAUUGUGGUCUGCGUCGGGAUACUUCUCAGCUUCCAUGUAGUUGUUCCUUACUCGGUUCCGCAGUACGUUUGCUCGGGACUCGUCAUGUUUGUCGCUGCAGAGGUUCUCGAAGGCGUCAACUUAUCGCUGCUGUCGCGGGUAAUGUCGUCGAGGCUUUCCCGAGGGACGUAUAACGGAGGAUUGCUGUCGACGGAAGCAGGAACGAUAGCUCGGGUGAUCGCCGACGCGACGAUCACUGCCGCAGGUUACUUAGGACAGGGUAUGCUCUUGAACGCCACUCUUCUUCCGUCUCUAGUCAUUUGUGUAGCUUCCAUUGUUGCUACUUGCUUCACAUAUAACUCCCUGUAUUAGCGCUUCUUUCUCACAUUUCGCCCCAUAUAAAUCAAAAUUGUCAAUUAGAUCCUCCCAGGUCUCCUCUAUCACCGUUGGAUUUGACAGCGACCCUUUUUUGUAUUCUCCUUUUACUCUGACCUCCUGGAAAAAUUUUGGUUCCCUUGUGGCAAUUUUCGAUUAAUA